AGAAUAACGGGGUGGCGCGCCUCUGGCUUCUUAGUUUGCUCCCAUUGAGACUCUUAAGAUCUUCUUCUUUCUUGGAAGGAAGCUGGGUUGGGGAGUUGGGUGGCCGCGGAAGGCCGGGGCCCCGGGGCGCGCCGGGUGCUAGGUGUGCGCCGUGCGUCGCGGGGGGGUGGAGGCGGGCUCCGCCCCUGGCAGGGGGCCUGAACGCGUGCGAGGAGCCGCCGCCGCCGCUCGGGGUCGCCUGGAGCCCCAGAUUCCCGAGCGCUCGGCUCGCAUGGCAGCCGCUUGGGCGCCCGGCCCCGCGGCCAGCUAGGGGCGGCCCCGCGCUCCCGCCCGGCCCCUCGGCAGCGACCGUCGGAUCCGGCCUCGCUCUGCGCCUCGGGGCACGCCGCCUCCCCGCGGGAGGUGUCCACGCGUCCGGCCGUCCAUCCGUCUGUCCCUCCUGGGGCCGGCGCUGACCAUGCCCAGCGGCUGCCGCUGUCUGCAUCUCGUGUGCCUGUUGUGCAUUCUGGGGGCUCCGGGUCAGCCUGUCCGAGCCGAUGACUGCAGCUCCCACUGUGACCUGGCCCACGGCUGCUGUGCACCUGACGGCUCCUGCAGGUGCGACCCGGGCUGGGAGGGGCUGCACUGUGAGCGCUGUGUGAGGAUGCCUGGCUGCCAGCAUGGUACCUGCCACCAGCCAUGGCAGUGCAUCUGCCUCAGUGGUUGGGCGGGCAAGUUCUGUGACAAAGAUGAACAUAUCUGUACCACGCAAUCCCCCUGCCAGAAUGGAGGCCAGUGCAUGUAUGAUGGGGGCGGUGAGUACCAUUGUGUGUGCCUACCAGGCUUUCAUGGGCAUGACUGCGAGCGCAAGACUGGACCCUGUGAACAUGCAGGCUCUCCAUGCCGCAAUGGUGGGCAGUGCCAGGAUGACCAGGGCUUUGCCCUCAACUUCACAUGCCGCUGUUUGGUGGGCUUUGUGGGUGCCCGCUGUGAGGUGAACGUGGAUGACUGCCUGAUGCGGCCGUGUGCUAACGGUGCCACCUGCCUUGACGGCAUAAACCGCUUCUCCUGCCUCUGUCCUGAGGGCUUUGCUGGACGCUUCUGCACCAUCAACCUGGAUGACUGUGCCAGCCGCCCAUGCCAGAGAGGGGCCCGGUGUCGGGACCGUGUCAAUGACUUCAACUGUCUCUGCCCUAGCGGCUACGGUGGCAAGACUUGUGAGCUUGUCUUACCCGUCCCAGAUCCCCCCACCAUAAUGGACACCCCUCUAGGGCCCACCUCAGCUGUGGUGGUACCUGCCACGGGGCCAGCCCCCGACAGCGCAGGGGCUGGUCUGCUGCGGAUCUCAGUGAAAGAGGUGGUGCGGAGGCAAGAGGCUGGGCUAGGUGAGCCUGGCCUGGUGGCCCUGGUGGUGUUUGGGGCCCUCACUGCUGCCCUGGUUCUGGCUACUGUGUCGCUGACCCUGAGGGCCUGGCGCCGGGGUGUCUGCCCCCCUGGACCCUGUUGCUACCCUGCCCCACACUAUGCUCCAGCGUGCCAGGACCAGGAGUGUCAGGUUAGCAUGCUGCCGGCAGGGUUCCCCCUGCCACCUGACUUGCCCCCUGAGCCUGGAAAGACCACAGCACUGUGAUGGGGGUGGCGGCUUUCCAGCCCCCUUCCUCUUCCACCCCUCAGACUGGAGUAGUCCUUUCUCACCACCCUUCAGCUUGGGUACACACACUGAGGAGACCUCAGCCUCAUACCAGAAAUAUUAUUUUUUUAAUACACAGAAUGUAAGAUGGAAUUUUAUCAAAUAAAACUAUGAAAACGCAAA